GGGCGGGGCAGGGAGCGGGGCGAAGUGCGAGCGGGAAGGCGGAAGGAGUCCGGGUAGCGGCCGCUCCCGACCGGUUCGCGAUGGAGGCCGCGCUUCUGUGGUUCUGCAACUGGAGUACGCUGGCUAUGUGCGCUGCGCUCAAGCUGCCACAGAUCCACGCCCAGCUGGCGGCGCGCAGUGCGCGGGGCGUCAGCCUCCCGAGCUUGUUGCUGGAGCUGGCGGGGUUCCUGGUCUUCGUCCGCUACCAGUGUUACUAUGGCAGCCCAGUGCUCACCUACCUGGAGUUCCCCAUCCUCAUCGUGCAAGAUGUUGUCCUCCUGCUCUGCGUCUUUCAUUUUAAUGGGGACAUUAAGCGGGCUGCACCGUACCUGGCUGUAUUCGUGUCCUCCUGGUUCGUCCUUGGGCUGCACAAGGGGGUCAUCGACCUGGCCAUGAACUUGUCCACGCUGGUCAGCGUGGCCAGCAAGCUGGCCCAGCUUCAGUACCUGUGGAAGGUGCAGGACUCCGGCACAGCCAGUGCACUCACCUGGGGGCUCUCCGCCUACACCUCUGCAGCAAGGAUAGUAACAACUUUGAUGACCUCUGGUGACCUGGCAGUUCUCUCCCGCUUUGUAAUCAUGAUGGUCUUAAACAUCUGGGUGACAGUGACCGUGCUGCGCUACAGGAAGCCCGCCUCCAAGGCUGAGUGACAGCCGCAUCGCUGCUGCACCUGGUCGGACUUGGGGUGACCCAGCAGAGAAAGCAGCACCCACAGCUCCUGUAAAUUUCGUAGAACAUGCCCGAAACUUGCAGCCAGAAGUUCCGUAGAUGUGCUGUAAAUGCCACUUCCUGUUGCCGCCUCCCCUUGCUGGGCUUGCAGGGCUCAGAAUCACAGGGCCCACAGACCUUCCCCUUCCCUGUGGGUCUAGUUGGCUCUCGGGUGCCGCCCACCUCCUCUGCAGCCUUGGGGUGUUUCAAGUCUCCCCACAACACAGAUGGAACAAAACACGGUCAGAAGCAGAGCUGUGGCCAAUGGGAGGGCUCACUGUGGGGACCUGGUGGGCCAGCCAGGGAAUGCAGCUGUAGGAGUCUUGCGGUCUUUGACUAAUGCCUCGCAGGUUCUGAGGACCUGCACUGGGACUGCUCUUCUCUGACUGUUCUUUAGGGAACUGUUUUCAUGAGAAAUGUCCAGAGUGAAAGGCACUGGUGCUUCAGGCAUGGUAGGAGGUUGGGGCUCCACACAGGCCGAGCGCUCCCCCAGCAGCCUUGCUCGGGCAUGGAGCCACACGUGGUGCCCUCACUCGGGUUCGCUGCCAGAUGGUAGGCUUCAGCUCCCAGAAUACACGGGUCCCACUCUGGUCAUAGCAUCUUGUUCCAUGCGUGAUGCCAUGGCUGCCAAGCACCAGCCUUGACAUCUAACUCGCUUCUUCAGAGUCAAUUAUUUGGGCAUAUGCGGGAGACCAACUGGGUUAGAAUGCAUUUGAGUUCCCACAUGAAACAACUUGUGUGGCUUGAAUGCUGCUGAAACCUAAGGCUUAUUUUAAAUUCUGUAAGGCAUAUUUUCCAAUAAACUGAUUCUUCUGGAACUAUUGCUUGGGACAAACAGAAAUGCAGGUCCUAAAAAUACUCAUUUUAUGUAGUUAUUUCACUCACAGCUGUCAUUUUUUAAAAAGCCAAGUUAGUUUUCUCAUAAAUAAACGUUUGGUAGUAUAAA